AUGAAGAAUUAAAGUUCUGAAUAGAACUCUGAUCAAUUAGAUCAAAUAAACAAUUCUAAUGAACUUAAAUCAAGUUUCUAAUAGGGAUAUAGACUAUAUUAAAAGAGAUAUGUGAUAUUAUUUUUAUUUGCAAUUGCGGAAUUGUGCAAUACAGCAGUUUAUGCUACUUGCAAUCCAAUAGCGGUGGAACUAAGUAACAUCUAUGGUAUAGACCCUUCUAUAGUAACUCUUUCAGCUACUUUGUAUUUAUUUAUGCAUCCAUUAUUUACAUUUCCUGCUAGCUACUUAAUUAUGUACAAGGGAAGUAGCAUGUCAAUAAAAAUAGGCUCUAUUUUGACUUUACUAGGGGUAUUUUCAAGGUGUUUAGUUAGAUAAUCGUAAGAAUAUAUAAAUAAAUGUAGUUUCAUCUAUGUCUUAAUUGGUUAGACAUUAAGUGGAAUAGGCAGACCAUUAAUCCUGAAUGCUCAGGCUUCAGUUGCGGUGGAAUGGUUUCCAGCCAAUCAGAGAACGAAAUUAAUGACUAUGUUGAAUUUCAUAGUCACAUUUAGUGGAAUAUUGGGAUAUAUUAUUCCACCCAUAUUCUUUGCUGGAGUUACUAUUGAUGAGAAAUCUCCUUAAGAUGUAUUAGACACAGGAGAUUCAAGAUUUAUGUAUUUGCUGUUUUCGGAAGCAGCAUUUUCUGCAGUGUUCCUGAUUCCACUGUUGAUCUUUUUUGAAACAAAACCCAAAACUCCUCCAUCAGCAGCUGCCAAAGGACCAACUUAAGUAAUCUCUUUUACAGAUAGCAUUUGUUAAAUGUUAAAAGAUACUAAAUUUAUGCAAAUAUUUAUUUCUUUCACUUUGUUUUAUGGUUCCUACAAAGGAUAUGGUGUAGCUCUAGUAUACAUUUUGCUACCUUACGGAUAUGGUAAAUCUGAUAUUGCAAUUCUAUCGGUUAUGCCUGUGAUUGGAGGAUUUCUUAGUUCCUUAAUUAUUCCUACAAUUUAUAAAAGUUGGGGAAAAUAUAAGCCCAUUAUUAUUAUUCUGGAAUUUUGUACUAUUUUUACAUUCUAUGGAUUCCUUUGGGGAUGCUAUUUAUAAAACUAUGUGAUUAUGCUUGCGAUGGCAACUCUGCAAGGAUUCUUUAUCUUGCCUGCAAUACCUUUAUUACUGGAAUGGGGUUGUGAAUAAAUAUACCCAUUAAAUGAUUCUUUCUGCAUCGGAUUACAAUAUUCAGGUGCCACUAUGGGAAGUUCCUUUAUUGCUCAAAUAGUUAGUAUGGUAAUCCAUGGCAAAAAAGCAACAAAAUUUGAUGGAUUUAUGGGAAUCACAAUAAUAUGCUCUUUAUACACUUUAGCUAUUUUAAGCAUUUUAUUUCUCAAAGAAGUUAAACAUAAAUUAGCAUUAAAAAAAUCAUUCGUUUCUCCUUCAGAUUAAAUUGAAGAAGACUUUCCACGUCCAUACACUGAAGUAAAUCCUCAUGAUUUGGGUCUAUUUGACCCUGAUAAAGUUAAGGAUGAGGAUGAAGAUACAGGAGGAGACGAUAAUUUAAUUGAUAAUGAAUAAAAAGAUCACGAAUAAAAUAAUAAUCAUUCAAAUCAUAGAUCAUAUCAAGCAGGAAACUCAAUUGGAGGAGGAACAGGAGGUUUUAAUGAUGAUUGAUUUAUUUACAUUUUGGUUCAAUAGUAUAACUAAUUAAAUUAA